UCUCGCUGCUUUAUUGCACUGCGUUGUUGUAAAUGGUGGUGUUUUCUUCAACAGCCUCCUAAGGAAUUCAAAGUGUGGAAGACUAAUGCAGUACCACCACCUGAGACUUACAGUAUUAAGGAAAAGAAGCCUCCACCACCUCCCGAACUUGAUAUGGCAAUAAAAUGGUCUAAUAUAUAUGAGGACAAUGGUGAUGAUGCUCCACAGCAAACAAACAAAAUUAACUUUUUACCAGAAGAGGAGCAAGAGCCUUCAGAAUCAGAUGAUGAAAAAGAUGAACCGGCUUCUGCUAAGAAACGCAAACUAGACACUGAAGAAGAAACUAAGAGGAAGAAGCAAUAAGUAGGAUGUACUGCAUUUGGCCCAUUAUGGACACUUCCCCUCUGCUGAAAUGGGAAACAUUUCAUACUUCCCCCUAACUUAUAUCAUGUAUGUAGAGACUUUUUUAUUUCUGUAUUUGCCAUUUGGAAAGCAGAGGAGUUCAUGGAUCAGCAUAGUGAUAAAGCUUGUAUCCAUUGAACAGAAGUUAAAUCCGUGUGAUCAGUUUAUUUAAAACAAUCUUUUAAAGUAUUGCAAUGAAUAUUUGUGUUAAUACAGGUUAUGGAGCUUUGUGGCAUUGUCUUUAUCCACAAACUUGUGAUGUGAGCUUUUCUCAGCUGACCUGUCAAAACCUUUUAUAAAGGAAAGUAUUUUUAAAAUGUUGUUUUAAGUAAUGUACAUGUUUUAUGAAUCUUGUUUUGAAAUGUAUGUAAAGAGUGUAAAUACAUAGGUUACCUGAAAUAAACUACAUGUGAAAAUGUA